GACGCUAUGGAUUUUCAUCAACAGAUCAGUAUUCUCAAGUUCCUGCUGGACCUCUGGCCCUCGAAGUCAGCUCGGGAAGCGGUAGCAGCGAAUGUUCGGAAUGCGCGGCCUUCGCAUCUCGACUCAGCGAGGUGGAAAGUCGGGAGUACCGCGACGCGCAUGAGCACGCCGCGAUCCACUCCGCGGACCACACCGACCACCACGCAGUCCCCAGGCUCCGGGAGCGACUCCUCCCCGAAUCCUCCUGCUAACCUGCGGUCCAAGUUGGUGCUGGGGGCCAUGGCCACGAGUGCCGCAAGCGGGGAGGCCCUGAGUGGCCCCGAGGCCCUCAGUGGCCCGGCUAGCGAGCCCUCGGCUCCUGGGUCCACCUCCACUACCUCCACCCCGACCUCAUCCAUAACCUCCCCGCCAUCCACAACCACCGCCGCCCCUACUAACUCCCUGCCACCCGGGGCGUCAGAAACGACGUCCGACCUCACUGCCACCCGCGGCCUCGACCCGGAGACCGAGACCGAAGAGGACAAGGACGAGGCCGAGACAGUCUCCAGCUGAGGACCUCGCCUUAGCCGAACUCCCGUUCAGAAUUCUAGCUUCAAAAGUAAAGCCUCCAAGACUUCAGCUAGCUAAAGCACUGAAGCCAGUGCGUCGAUGUUACUUUGCUGUUAACCCGUCAAUCCUCGCCGGUCCCUGAUCCAGGGACCUGUUGUUGCUAGCUGUUGGCAUGCUGACGAUGCGUCGAAGACGUACAAAGACGUCUAAUAGUUGCAGUCUCUGGGGACGUCAGGUGUAGCCUCACCUAAUUCUUUAUUGGGUAUGUAGCACCUAAUAAUAGGUGACUAGAAGCUGUGAACACUUCAAGUCCCUUGGAACGUGUUAAUCCCCUCCCCUGACACCUGAAAGUGGAUUUAAAUCCCUUGUAAUCCACAGGGACAUCAAGGAAGAAUUCUGUCUCCCUCAGGUGAGAUUAAAUCCCCUGGUAAUCCACACCUUAAAACAGGAUUACACUUGUCAGUAAGUUAUGUUGUCAACUUUAAACAAAAAUAAAAACCCUUAAACAGUGGCGUAGGUGACCUUCAUUAGGUGACUAAGGUCCCUUGGUGUACAUCCAAAGACUCAGGUCCCCCUCCUACGUCUUUGAGAGUCGGGACGAGGCACAGGUGACCCUCAUUAGGUGACUGAGGUCCCUGAUAUACAUCCAAGGACUCAGGUCCCCUUCCUACGUCUUAGGGAGUCGGGACGAGGCACAGGUGACCCUCAUUAGGUGACUGAGGUCCCUGGUAUACAUCCAAGGACUCAGGUUCCCCUCCUACGUCUUAGGGAGUCGGGACGAGGCAUAACGCGGGCUAUAUGCAACUAUCGUUACAAAUCACUGCCACGAACAUUCAAUUUAUCUUGUCUUCUAGAAGGGAUAUUGAGCUCUCUCUCUCUAGUUGAAAAGUGUCGUAGUUUACCAUGUAGAGCCGUUGAUGAGAGGGAUACCAGCCUCUACUGCUGUAGACGGGGUAUACCUUGAGUCUGUACCCUACACUGCCUCGGACGGGGGUUAUACCUUCAGAACAUACUCUGCUACAGAAGGCUGGGUAUACCUCGACAUAAGAAGGGUAUCAACCUCCUCAUUGAGAGUACUCCAGAGUACCAGGGAGGGAUACCCUCCAGCAGUACCAGAUAGGGAUACCCUACAGCGGUACCAGGGAGGGAUACCUUCCAACAGUACCAGGGAGGGAUACCUUCCAUCAGCACCAGAGUCCGUGGUGCUGAGAGGAAUGUCAUGUCACUGCAGUCAGUUCACUGUAGUCACGUCACUGCAGUCAUGUUACUGCAGUCACGUCCCUGUAGUCACGUCACUACAGCCAUGUUAUUGCAGUCAUAAAACUGCAGUCACCUCACUGUAGUCAUGUCACUGGAGUCAUGUCACUGCAAUCAUGUUACUGCAUUCAUGCCAUUGUAGUCAUGUCACUGCAGUCAUGUCAUUGCAGCAAUAUCACUACAGUCAUGUAGCUGCAGUCAUGUCACUGUGGUCAUGUCACUUUGGUUAUGUCACUGUGGUCGCGUCACUGGAGUCAUGUUACUGUGGUCAUAUCACUGCAAUCAUGUCACUAUACUCACAUCACUGCAAUCAUGUCACUGCAAUCAGGUCUAUGCAGUCAUGUCACUGCAGUCACGUCACUACAGUCAAUCACUGCAGACAUUCCACUGUAGUCAUUUCACUGUGGUCAUGUCACUGUGGUCACGUCAUUGCAGUCAUGUUAGUGCAGUCAUGUCAUUGUGGUCAUAUCACUGCAGUCACGUCACUACAGUCACAUCACUGAAGUCAUGCCAAUGCAGUCAUGUCGCUAAAGUCGCAUCACUGCAGUCAUGUCACUACAGUCAUGUCACUGAAAUCAUAUCAAUGCAGUCAUGUCAGUGCAGUUACAUCACUGUAGUCAUGCCACCACAGUCGUGUCACUGAGUCAUUUCAUUGUGGUCACGUUACUGUAGUCAUGUCACUACAAUCAUUUCACUUUGGUCACGUUACUGCAGUCAUGUCACGAUAGUCAUGUCACUACAGUCAUGUCACUUUGGUCAUGUCACUGUCACUUUGUUCACGUCAUUGCAGUCAUAUCACUCCAGUCAUGUCACUGUGGUCAUGUCACUGGAGUCAUAUCACAGCAGUCAUGUCGCUAGUUAUACCACUGCACUCAUGUCAGUGUGGUCUUGUUACUGCAGUCAUGUCACUGUAGUCAUGUCUCUGUGGUCACGUCACUGCAGUCGCGUCACUGUCGUCACGUCACUGCAGCCAUGUCACAGGUCACAUCGCUACAAUCAUGCCACUGCUAACAUCACUGCAGUCAUGUCACUGUGAUCACGUCGCUGCAGUCAUGUCACUGUGGUAACGUCACUGCAAUCAUGUCACUGCAGUCGCAUCACUGUGGUCAUGUCACUGCAGUCAUGUCACUGUGGCCACGUCACUGCAGUCAUGUCAGUGUGGUCACAUCACUGCAAUCAUGUCACUGGUCACGUCAUUGCAGUCAUAUCACUGUGGUCACGUCACUGGUCACAUCACUGCAAUCAUGCCACUGCUAACAUCACUGCAGUCAUGUCACUGUG